AUGUAUCCCUCUUUCCUGCUAGGACUGCCAGACACAUGUUGGAACUUCCACUGCAAAAGAGGCAAAGUCUGUCAUGCAGACAAACAAGGGAAACCCCAUUGCAUUUGCCAAGAUCCUGCUGCUUGCCCUCCCACCAAAGACUAUGAGCAUGUUUGUGGUACAGAUAACAAGACUUAUGAUGGCACGGGUCAACUCUUUGGCACCAAAUGUCAACUGGAAGGGACAAAAAUAGGACGCCAGCUGCACCUAGACUCCAUGGGCUCCUGCAAACAUCCCCCCCGUACUGAUUAUGAAGUGGAUCAGUUUCCCCUCUGGAUGCGAGACUGGCUUAAGAACAUCCUUAUUCAAUAUUAUGAACAUGACCUGAACAUUUCUGGGAUUCUAACUGAAAAGCAAAGGAAUAAGGUAAAAAAGAUCUAUCAGAAUGACAAGCACCUUGUGGCUGGUAACCACCCAGUUGAGCUGCUCCUGCACGACUUUGAGAAAAAUUACCACAUGUAUGUGUAUCCUGUACACUGGUAGUUUCACCAGCUUGAUCAGCACCCUGUUGACAGAUUAUUAACACAUUCGGAGUUUGCACCCUUGAGAGCCUCCCUUGUUCCCAUGAAACACUGCAUAACCCGUUUCUUCCAAGAGUGCUAUGGAGACCAGGACAAACUCAUUGCUUUGAAGGAAUGGUGCCACUGCUUUGGGAUUAAGGAAGAGGACAUAAAUGAAAAUCUCCUUUUCUGAGCCCAGCUGAACAGACUCCCACUACUGAACUAAAAUUGAUGAAUCCUGCUUACUUCUGUAAUUAACAGCUUAACAGCUUUCAAGAAAACGGUGGAAUGAGGUUCACUGAAUUCUUAUCAAACAACCCAAGUGCAGAAAAUUUCUACAUUCAUUAACAGCAGAAAAAUUUAACUACUUCAUAGCUAAAAACCAGUUUUUCCCCCCACAUGUAUCCACGAUCUUUCUGAACCAAUAAGUAUUACUAACCUAAUGACUAAGCUGUUCACAAAACUCUUCAGUAGAAUUAUAGAAUGUAGAUGUUAUCACCCACUGAAAUUGUCAGCUUAAUACGCUGCAUAGAAGUCUCAAAUAAAAUAGAAGUCUAUUGGAGAUAUGGGUUUCGUCACAACUUUGCUGAAGAAAAUUGUGUUUCUUUCACCUUUGCCCAUCUUUUGCUCUCCUCAAGAGAGAUGCAAUUUAAACCCAGGACAGGAUGAGAUUAUUCCUGAAUCCCCAUAAACUUGUGAUUUUAAGGUAAGCACUUCACUGAAAACAUUCCAGGCAUAUUCUGCUUUAAGGAAAAAGCCCCAAAUGCUAUUCUUACAAAGGAUGAUCAGCAAACACCUUUCACCUGAACCACGUCGCCUCUCCAAAGAAAAGAACAUGGGAGUCAGAAAUGCUAUUUUGGUAGUUUAAAUACCAAGCUGGUAUUUAAGUCCCCUCCCCUUCUGCUAAUUUGCUCUUGAACCAGCAAAGCCUGAUAAUCGUAGUCCAAUGCCAGGCUGAUGCCCUGGGAUACAAUGAAUUAAGCUGUGAUUAUUUUCAACAAUAGGACUUACACAAACCAGAGAUUACUUCCUAGCACUGCCAGUUUUUUUCCAUAAUCCUGACCUGUUGCUCACUUCACAUUCUGCAAUGUUACACAGCAGUGCGUAAAUAACUCAGCCUCGAUGGCAUAUACAAAAGCACAUUCUCAAUGUUAGUUCUAUUUGGAAAAGAUCCUUUCUCUGGGACUUCAAAUGUCUUGGGAGAGAAAGGAAUUUUGACAGCACUUUUCCAGCCUGGCUGCAGCCUAUUGCUUAUUUGCUCUGGUUUUUUUUAACCCACACAGAGUUGGGUGGCAAAAGCACAGCUCUCAAACUGCAAGUACACUGAGAGUACACAGCUGGCCUCAAAAGGUAAUGAUCUUCACCCACAAAUUCCCAUUUCUUCAGGAAAAAGAAUUUAUGCUGUCACUCAGUUUGCAGCUUCAGUACUCUCAGUAUUAUCACCCGAGUACUCCCCCAGCAUGCUGCUGUCAGAAUACCAACAGUGAAAAAACAAACAACAAAUAUUCUUUUCAUAACACAUUUCCACUACCAAGCCUGUCAAUCUUCUAAGGAUUAGCAGCAGUUGUUACAAAAAAGCCCUGCAGGUUUCAUCAGCUGAGAAGUAAAUUAAUAACCCAAAACAUCUGAAGAAGUGAUGAUUCAUGACAUUUUGUGGUUUUCUGAUGCAAGACAGAGUAUUAAAAACUGUAUACAAAAACUGCAGAUCCACAUCCCCUGACUCUCUAAGAAGAGCCUGCUCUUAUGGAUCAUGCUUUCAAAACCAAACUACACUGCUUGGAAUCUACUCUGCAUAAUGCAGCACAUCACAGACGAAAACAGACGG